AUGGCUUUGACCGCCCGCAGAGCUGCGGAUGGCCGCUGGCCGCCCCCUGGGGCGUGCAUCCUGUUGCGCACAGAGGCGCAGCCGGGGGCGGCAGUUGGGGGCGGCGGGCCGUGCCUGCGGCCGGAACGCCCGCCCCCGCGGCUGCUGGUUCUGCUGCUGCUGGCGCCACAGGGCGCCGCGGCCACGCAGCGCGGCCACGCCUCCAACUUCCUCGCUGGCCUGCACCACCAUGUCGCCGCUCGCACCACCGUCGUCACUUUUGCAGGAUGGCAGGCGAGCGCGUGGUCGUGGCAGCCGUUCGGCCCGGGGCGGCGCUGCGGUCGCGGGUCUGGUCAGCCUCCCCAGCUGGUCGCCAGCUGGUCGCUGGGCUCUGCUGGGCGCCUGCAGGUGCCUCGGCUCUUCCCCGACCACACGGCGGGCGGCCUGCGCGGCUGCGCUCUGGUGGCCGCCACCUACAACAUCCCGCCCUACGUCAGCGUCACCUCGCUGGACGCCAACACCACGGAACUCCGAGGGACUGAGGUACAGCUUGUGGAGUUGGCAGCGCAGUCGCUUGAUGCCCGCCUGGAGACGCAGCUGGUGUCGACUGCCUGGGAUGAGGGGCCGCCGUGGGGGGAGCCGCAGCCGGGCGGCCGCUGGUCCGGGGUGGUGGGCCGGCUGCUCGACGGCUCCGCGGACGUCGCCUUUGGAGGCCUGCGCUUCUCCCAGAGGCGCGCCCGCAUCACGGACGCCACCGCCCCACACGCCAGAGACGCACUCGUCUGGUUCGUGCCCCGGCCGCGCAGGGAGCCGGGCUGGAAGACGGUGGUGGUGGUGCUGCCAUGCAGCGUAUGGUCCUCGGUGGCAGGCAGUUACCUGCUGGCGUCACUGUCGUUGUGGCUGCUGGCGUGGCGGCGGCGCUGGAGGAUGAGGGACCUGUCCACUUUCCGCAGCCCUUGCGGCUCAUUGCUGAGUGCACUGCUCGUGCUGCUCGGCUUCUCUGUGCCCCGCAAGCCGACCAACCUCGUCAUGCGCCUCGUCUUCCUCGCCUGGGUCCUCUAUAGCUACCAAGUCAACAGCAUCUAUCAGUCAGGGCUCAUCAGCUCACUUGUACAUCCGGGCUUCGAGGGCGUGGUGUCGACAGAGGAGGAGCUGGCGCAGUCUGGGCUGUCUUUGGCUACGCUGCCGGCAGUGGCGCUGGUGUACUCCAGGGUGGUGGGGACGGCCGGCCCGCCCGUCUCCAUCAACUGCAGCUCGCUACGCGCAUGCGUGGAGCGCAUGGUCGCUCGGGCAGACGUGGCCGUGCUCGCCGACCGCGCCUACCCCCAGCACCUGGCGCGCACCAGAUACCGCGACCAGCGCCGGCGGCCGCUCUUCACGCCGCUGCACACGGAGACGGUGUCUUACGACGUGGCGGUGCAGCUGGAGCGCGGCAGCCCGUUGCUGGGAGCGCUGAGUGCGGCGGUGCUGCGCGUGGUGCAGGCGGCGCUGGUGCGGCCCUCGGAGUUGGUGGCGGGCGAGGAGCCGCUGGCGCAGCAGGAGGCGGGGCCGGCGGCGCUGCGCAGCCAGCUGGUGGUGCUGAGCCCGCAGCACCUGCAGGGCGCCGCCGCGCUGCUGCUGGCCGGCUGCGUCGCCGCCGCCGCUGCGCUGGCUGCCGAACUGCUGCUGGCGCGGCUGCUGCGCGGCGCCCGGGGCGACGGCGUCGGGCGCAGGCGCAGACGGGCCCGCCCUAAUACCCACCUCACAUCACUCCACGGCGUGGCGCGGCAGGGCAUCGCUCUGGUCGCUGAUCCGGGCCAGGCGAAGGCGCGCGGCGCUGGGUUAGCAUGA